UGCAUAUAGAGACAACCACAGCAAGCCAUGUGUCUCCGGGAAUGAUGCCGUUGCCGUUGGUGCCACUCUCCCUGUCGCCAUGACGAUGCCGCUCAGCCCCCUCUCCAGCGACGAGGAGCAGCAAAGAAUGCUGGGAAACAGUCAACACCUAUAUCCAGGGGCCGAAGAGGAGGAGGAAGAGGAGGAGGAGGAAGAGGAAAUGGACGAUGAUGGAGCAGGCGAGGAAGGAGAGGAGAACGGGAAGCUGGAGUUGGAUGAUGAAGAGGAAGGGGAUGAUGAAGUCGAUGUCAGGCGUUUGAGGGGAGGCAGGGAAGAGGGGCACAGGCAAAAAGGCACAAUGGCUGGAAGAACCCCAGGAGACAGACAGAUGCGACCCGGGAACCCGGGCCACGCGGCCAACCCUUAUUCGUCCAACCCUGGACCCACCCACCAGCCGCCAGCUAAUCCGCCGCAGCAGCAGCGUAAGCUAAGGGAACGGAGUUCUAGCAACACACCUGAUGAUGCACAUAUAGCUAUGAUGGUGUUUCGUAUUGGCAUUCCUGAUAUCAAACAAACGAAGUGUCUGAGGUUCAACCCAGAUGCAACGGUGUGGAAGGCAAAGCAGCAGGUGUUGUGUAGUCUAACCGAAUCUCUAAGGGAUGUUUUAAACUACGGACUUUUCCAACCUGCUACUGAUGGGCACGAUGCCAAGUUUUUGGAAGAAGAGAGACCCCUUAGAGAGUACCCACAAUCCUUUGAGAAAGGAGUACCCUACCUGGAGUUCCGCUAUAAAACCAGGGUGUACAAACAGACAAAUCUAGAUGAGAAACAGCUGGCCAAACUGCACACAAAGGCUAGUCUAAAGAAAUGUAUGGAUUACAUCCAAGCUAGUGCAGUGGAAAAGGUAGCCAAACUUCUGGACAAAGGGCUUGACCCUAACUACCAUGACGCUGAUACAGGAGAGACCCCACUCACUUUGGCAGUACAGACAGAGGUGGCUGGAGGUGAGGCCAUCAGGGUUCUUGUGAUGGGGGGGGCUCACAUUGACUUCAGGGCAAAAGAUGGCUUGACACCUCUGCACAAGGCCGUCAGAGCACACGGGCACACCGCACUACUGACACUCUUGUCUUUGGGCGCAUCUCCUGAUUAUAAGGACAGUCGUGGACUGACUCCGCUUUACCACACUGUGCUGAUUGGAGGUGACACCUCCUGCUGCGAAACCCUACUGUACCACAGAGCCAAGCUGGGACUCCGUGAUGAAAACGGCUGGGACGAGACCCAUCAGGCCUGUCAAAAUGGAAACUCGCAACACUUAGAGCACCUGCUUUUUUAUGGUGCCGACUCCUCUUCCCAGAAUGCCUCAGGAAACACUGCCCUGCACAUAUGUGCUUUAUAUAACAAGGAGAGCUGUGCCCGCAUUCUGCUGUAUCGAGGAGCCAAUAAGGACACAAAGAAUAACAGCGGGCAGACUCCCUUCCAGGUGGCUGUGAUGUCUGGCCAUUUUGAGCUGGGAGAAAUCAUUAAGAACCAUCGUGAAUCCGACAUAGUUCCCUUCCUGGAGUCUCCAAAGUAUGCCCCCCAGAGGAGAGAGAGUGGGCGCACGCUUGGAUUGCCCCAUCCUCACCCCUUCCUGCGGGCCAACAGUGACAACAGCAUGAACGUGCCAGACUGGAUUGCCUUUCCCAAUGCUGCCGGAUCAAACAUUGUCUCUGUGCAGGGCCUGAAGCAUGGCGGCACAUUGCGCAGCUCCAGCAGUCCUCGUGGAGCCCGAACCCGCUCUCCGUCCAGGGGCCGAACAGGAGACAGAGAAGAACGGAGCCGACAAACACGUGGAAGACAAGGGGCUGGCUCCGUCAGUAGUCAGGGCACAGCGAGUGGGCAGCGACGGCGUCUCUACAGCGCCGUACCUGGGCGCAUAUUUGUAGCAACCCGCGCGCACUCUGCCCAGGGGGACCGUGAGAUCAGCUUCAACAAGGGAGACAAAGUCAAAGUGCUGAGUGUAGGUGAAGGGGGCUACUGGGAGGGGACGGUUCGAGGGCGCACCGGCUGGUUCCCCUCUGACUGUGUGGAAGAGGUGGCACUUCGCAGCCUGGACAGUCGUUCGGAGAGCCGCAGUGAGCGAGCAAAGCGACUAUUCCGGCAUUACACCGUUGGAUCAUACGACAGCUUUGAUGCGCCAAGUGACUAUAUAAUCAAGGAGAAAACGGUCCUCCUGCAAAAAAAAGACAAUGAGGGGUUUGGCUUUGUGCUAAGAGGAGCCAAAGCUCAGACCCCUAUAGAAGAGUUUACUCCCACCCCAGCCUUUCCAGCACUGCAGUACCUUGAGUCUGUCGACGAGGGUGGCGUGGCUUGGAGAGCUGGUCUACGAAUGGGAGACUUCCUUAUUGAGGUGAAUGGUCAAAAUGUGGUUAAGGUAGGACACAGGCAAGUGGUCAAUAUGAUCAGACAAGGCGGUAACAGCCUCAUGGUCAAGGUUGUCAUGGUUACCCGGAAUCCUGAUAUGGAGGAAGGGAUCAGAAAGAAAAUCCCACAGCAGAGCAAGAGACUGAGUACACCGGCUAUCGCAUUGCGCUCCAAAUCUAUGACAUCAGAACUGGAAGAGAUGGUGGACAGAGCCUCUGCCCCAUGGAAAAAAAAAUCAGAGUUCGAGUCUUCACAAGCUACGGAGAAGAAAAGGACAGUUUAUCAGAUGGCUUUGAAUAAACUGGAUGAGAUUUUAGCAGCAGCACAGCAGACCAUCAGUACUAAUGAGGCUCCUGGUCCCCGGGUUCAGGGGGUAAAACGAGAACGGGGAAGAGGGUUUUAUAAUGAGCCAAGUUUUGACCAGUCAGGAAUGGGGAUGACAUCAUCUGGGGCAGGGCUAGGCUACGACCGUGGUCAAUUUGUGUCUGGCCAUGCCCCACCGCACGGUAUGCUGCGACAGAAGUCCAUCGGGGUUCCUGAGGAGGAAAAGCAGUCACUUCAUCCUCCAGCCAUGAAGUUUGCACGUAGUCUUUCAGUGCCCGGCCCAGAUGACAUCCCUCCACCACCUACUACGGCCCCCCCUGAGCCCCCAUUCUCCUCGGCUCCCCCUCUUGGCUUUAGGGGCAAGACAACCCAGCAACCUUCUGUUUCUGUUUCCCAAUCCACUUCCUCUUCUGCACAUUAUCAGCUCUACUCACAGUCAGUGCACGUCACCCAUGGAGCCAGGGAUAGGUCACCGGGGCCACCAACUGGAUCUGGAACAGGAGACCACGCUCUUCCUUAUUCCCAUGCUCAAGCCCACUCAUCUGUGCCAAGCAGAACUGCCUCCAGGAAGGUAAUUGGCUACACAGGGGAUGGAGGAACUGCAGGGACGAAGGCUGCAGCACUGAGAAGGGGCUACAGCAAUGCAGUGCCACCCACUAGUGUUGCUACAGUGAUUCCCCAGCAGCAGCAGACUACUCAAAGCCAACCUCCCAGGAUAGACCGCAGUGCAAUAGGUGCAGGGGGUGUAUCAAAAGCAGGUGGCCGACGAGGGAAAGGGCCCUUGGUAAAACAGUCAAAGGUGGAGGAUCUGCGGCAGGGCCAGGGCACACUGGAAGGAAAGGGGUCAGUGGAGAAGAGCUCUAUUCCAAUUCCCACCAUUAUUGUUAAGGCCCCAUCUACCAGCAGUAGUGGUCGUAGUAGCCAAGGCAGCAGUGUGGAAGCUGAACCUCCUCUCCCAGGAGAGAAUGAAAGUUCUAAACCCCAACCUGUUGUUCCCCCACCCGCACCUACUGUUCCGCCACCAGCCCCUCCCUCUGUACCCGCUCCUCCACCCCCAUCAGUGCCAUCACUUCGUACUCAAGAGAGUUUGGACUUUACUAGCCAGUUUGGUGCUGCCAUAGUAGGGGCAGCUCGCAGGGAUCGAGAGCGGUUCCAUGAAGCACGUAGGAAGAGUGCCUCCUUUUUUCUGUCUACUGAGGAAGAGUUGGGUGGAGUAGGAGGAGUUGGAGGACGGACACAGACGUCCCAACAGCAGCUGAACACCCAGCCUUCACCCCGCCUGCGACCAUCCAAAUCUAUAGAUGAGGGAAUGUUCUCAGGUGAUACUUUCAUUCACCACACGCGCAGUAUGCCUCCUGCCUUUGGUUUGCCUGAGUACUCCUCACCUGCUCCUUCUGGGGACUACCAGCCCAAGUCUGUACCUGCUGACUUCUAUGGAGCAGGUGGACGACAACAGCAGCAGCAACCCUCCACCACAACAUUUAUUCACCCACUAACAGGGAAAGUUCUGGAUCCUUCAUCCCCACUAGGCUUAGCAUUAGCUGCACGGGAACGUGCGUUGAAGGAUGAUGGACGCAUACGUAGGGAGAGGACCACGGAACACCACUUCAGCCGUCAGUUGUCCAGCAUUGGGGCCUUCCCCUCAUCCACUGCACAACCUACUUCACAUCUCUCCUACUCCAUGGCCUCGUCUUCCUCUGCCACCUCCACUGCUACCCAAUCCGCCAGCUCCUCCUCAUACCUUGUUACCUCCUCCUCACUAGCUGCUACCACCACAUCUACACGACCUCCGUCACCCAGGAUUCUGCGUGGAGCAGGCAGCAACUGGGGUGAGGAAGCAGGGACAGGCGAGCGUGCAGAAAGGGAGACUGCUGGCACCUCAGCUCCCAGAGAAGGUUUGAGGGUUCGGUUCUCUGAAGAUAAAACUGUCCACACACACCACUACCAGUCUCAGCACUACCAGCCCACCUACAAAGAACGUGAAAGAGAGCGUCAGAGAGAGAGGUCACGGGAAAGAGAGAGGGAAAGAGAGAUGGAAAAAGCUCAGACCCUGUUACAACAGCAGUCAACUCAGCAAACCACCCAGCAACCACGACGUCCCUCAUUUUUAAGGAUGGAGAGUGAAGCUGGUGCAUAUAUCCUUUCCUUAACACCUCCAUCCCCUCCUCCAACAGUGGCACCUACGCGUCCUUCAGCUGGAGGAGGAGGUGAAGGUGGAAGUGGCUCAGGUUUGAUGGUUCUUCCUCCUCCAGCUCCCUCAGUGGAUGUAGAUGAUGAGUUUGUGUUUGUUGAUCCUCUUCCUCCACCGUUAGAGUUUGCCAAUAGUUUUGACCGUGGUAUGGGUUACCAUGGGGUGAUGUCUAACAAUCUGUCAGCUCGUCAAAAGCUUCACCCUCCUCCUCCACCACCACCUCCCCCGCCACCUCCUCCCUCUUCAAAAGACUCCUUUAUGGCAGGCUACCCCCCUCAUACCCCUUUGCCUUCACCCCAGGCAGGGGAUUCCACAACUUCCAGUCUUACUUCCUAUGACAGUGAGGUUGCCAACCUGACCCAGUCUGCCCCAUCUCCCUCACCAUCUUCCCCAAAUCCUCUUCCACCUCCCUCUCCCUCCACGUUGCAACCCUCUGCACCACCACCUCCUCCCUCUGUAUCACCUCCACCCCCACCCACAUCCUACCACAGACCGUUUGGCCUGUCCCAACCACAACACCUAUAUAACAGUACACACUCAACAGGGCGCUCCUCCUCUCCAACACCACCUCCCCAUUCUAUCCCAGCACCACCUGCCUACCGUGGGCCCCCGGCAACAGUCUCCACUGCUGCAGCCUCUGUCUCCUACAGAGGCACCUCAACUGUGACCGCAAGCUGUUCCUUAGCUGCUUCUACAACUGUUGCUACUAGCACUACCACAGCUGCCAUUGUCACCCCGCAUACACGCGUGGCAACCGUCUCCACAGUAGCUACGGGAAGUAGCAGGCGGCCCAGCGCAGAGCAUCACCCACCGCCCAGUGCAGCUGCAGCCAAGACUGGUGAGUCCCAGGAGACAGUUGUGGAUUCUGGCAUUGAAGAGCUGGACAGCCGAAGCAGCAGCGACCAUCACUUAGACAAUAUUCUUGCACUCAGUGGGAGUGGGAUCAGAGAGAGGUUGGAGAGAGCAGGGAUGGGGAGCUUAGGUGGAAGUGGAGAGAGAGGAGGCACAACAGAGACUGACAGAACUAGUGGAGCAGACUUUUUAGAAUCUUACAUGAGCUAUCGUGAUGGACAAACAUUUGAAAUGCACAAUGCCAAAGCCGCCAGCACUGCAUCCACCUACCCAAAAACACAGAGGUACAGAGAAGGCAGCCGUGCUGGGGAUCUUAGAUGGCAAACCAGCACGGCACCCCCUGCAUACCACCGACGUAGGGAGGAAGAAGAGGAGGAGGAAGAGGAGGCAGAAGAGGGAGAGGAGGAGGAUAUUAAUGCCCGUGAUGGCUUUGGGAUGAGAGAGGGGCCAGGGAUUGCUCGCUCCUCUGUAAUGUACUUUGAUCGACCCCGCACUCCAGAGAUAAAACCUCUGUGGGGUGAUGGGUCGGCCGGGGCAGGGCAGUCUUUGGGGGAGGGAGGGGGCCAAACUGGAGGGACAUAUAUGGAGGCACGAAAGCUGCAUCCUCCUAUGUCCAGUAUGAAGGCAAGCAUCAUCAAUGAACUGAGCUCCAAAUUACAGCAAAGGAGCAAAGGAACAGAGAGCUGGGGAGCUCAGAGAUCACUGAGCAGACAUAGGUUUUCAGAGGACUCCACAGGUGCAUUGAGUCCUCCCUCUGUCCGCUCUUCCUCCCCAUCUCCUGUUCAUCUCUCUCAGCCUGCCUUGUCUCCCUCCCCCACCCCUUCUUCCCAGCCGAUCUACCCAAACUGGGCUCGAUCUCCUUCCCCUCAGCCCCCUGCUGCCUCAUCCCAGCUUCCUCCCCGAUCCCACUCACCCGUUUCCCCUUCUUCGUAUUCGCCAUACCCCACCUCACCCAAACACCGACCUGUGUACCGCACAAAAGCUCUUGAGUUCCAGUUCAUCCCCAGCCGUGAGUCCCGUAAGGCUGAGUCCCAUCAUGCUCAACGCAGACGAGCACCCAGCCCACUAAUUUCUCCCUCUGACCGUCCCAAGCUUGGACCUCCCCGUCCCUCAUCACUUCCCAUUCUCCCAACCACUCCCCUCUAUAGCAGUCUUUAUGAUCUCCGUGGUUCUAUCACUCCACCCUCACCUGCAAAUCCCCUUGGGGACCCCUACUUCUCUCCUUCUCCUCCUCUCUUUGCCCCGUCAGGUGCCCCACCGCCACCAAAUUCCUCUCUGGUUGUCUCUCGCUCCCUAUCCCCCACCCACUUCCUAUCAGGGACUUCAUCCCCACCUCUCCACUCCAUUCCUCCCCCCACUUGCCUGAGUUACCCACACCUCCCGCCCCCCUCACCAACAAAACCCUUCGCCUCCAAACCACUCCCAUACUGGACCAAGUAUGACGUAGCCGAUUGGCUUGGUUAUCUGAACCUGGGUGAACACAGAGAGCGUUUUCUGGACAACGAGAUCGAUGGCACUCACCUGCCCUCUCUUACCAAGGAGGACUACCUGGACCUGGGUGUGACCAGGGUUGGCCAUCGGAUGAACAUAGAGAGGGCACUCAGGAGAGUGAUGGACAGGCUGUCUGCUAGCACUUUCCCCAUUUCCGCCCUCUCCCCCCGAGAUGAACGGACAGACAGAAGGAGACAUGAAGCCAACCGGAGCUGAGAGGACAGGAAGGGUGAGGUGACAACAACUGCUGCCAUCAGAGAUUAUUUACUGAAUGAAAAAAAAAACGCAAGAAGAGGGAACUAUAUCAACCUGCUGGCUCACAGAUGAAGAUGAGAGAAAUGGGAACAAGCAGAAGAGUUGUGGGCCGACUGAACUAUGAACACACCUGGGUUUACAUGUUAUUCAGUCAACUAAAACAUCAACACCCACAUACAUAUCCGUACAUACAAACAGUUGGAGCUUACAUGCACUCAUAAUCAAAAUAGAAAUAAAUGAAUGAAAUGAAGUUUGCAAAGUGAAGAUGUACUACAUAACUGAGCCAAAUAAUUUUGAGGAAAACAAUCUUUAGCUUUUCUGUGGUUCUUUAGAGAUAGGGAGAAAGAGAGAUAUUGAAACCACCUUUGCUGUCUUUCUCUUUUUCUCAUAUUUUAAACUCUCUAUUACUGACUAAUAUGUACUAUUGGUCUCAUUUUUAGAACAGGUUUAGUGGAGACCGACACAAAGAGGGCAAAUAGUGAAAAUCCUCCUGUCUGGCAUGACGAAGGAAGUCCUUAUAAUAGAGGUCAAUUUAGGUCAAUUUAACAACAGGCACUUAUUUGGUAAGACUGAGUGUUUAUGCGUGGGUUCCUGUUGUCUGUCUGUCUGUCUGUGUGUAUGUGUGCGCGAAUGUGUACAUGAUAAUGUGAAAGGUUAUCACUAGAGGCAUGACCGUGAUUUGUUACAUGUUUUUACCUCACCAAUGGAGGGAUUCUAUUUUGGCGAAGCCAGAUUGGGGCUUGCGCUUAUCUUGUACUUCACUAGAACUUUAUCUUUUCAUGUCUUAUAAUCGAGUAAUAUAAAUAUAUAUAAAUAUAUCUAUACAGACUGGUCACUGUAUUACACACCCGUAGCAAAAAUAAGUGCCCAGACCAACAAAACACAACCUCUCUCUCACACAUGCACGUGCACAGAACAUCCUCAGAUUACUGAUUACAACACACACGUACGACGACACUUGUCGGUGACGAUACACUUACAUUUUAUUUAUAUAAAAAAUAAUGGGACACAGUAAAAUAGCUAUGUAUGGACUCAAGAUGAAGAUACACGCAAAAAAAUAUUUUAAAGAAGAAAGCUGAUACAACAUUGUAAAAAGUAUAUAUAUAUAUGCGUACGUAUAUAUACUAAAAGUUUAUCAACAUUUUUACCACAGACUCUCAAACUAAGUGACUGCAACUUCGACAAACCUAUCGACGAUGUUGAAGCUCCAUUGAAAGAGGAGACAUGGAGAAAAGGAAAAGGGAAAACCAAACUGCCUGUAUUUCUUUUCCAAGUCACUCUCCCUCUCUCCUUCCAAACAAAACACUCUUUCUAUGGAGGCAAGGCAAGAUGAACAUGCACUCUGACAUGGGUGUGUGGGGUAUGUGCCCAUACCCGUUUUAAUACGACAAUUGUUCCUAUAACAAUUUUUAAACUCUAAAUGGGAUUCUGUUCAUUUAACAAAAGACAAUGUUAUUUAUUGCAGUCACUGUUCUCAUCGUCCUUGCUGUUAUCGCUGUUGACUGAGCUGCGGUGUUUCUUUUGUGAGAGCUGGAGCUGAGUGUUUAUGCUUGACAUUAUGUUUUUGUUUGUGACUAAAUGCAAUGUGCUCAAAUGUUUGGUACCUCUAGGACUUAAAUUAGUGAAAGGAAAUUCAUUUCCUCACCCCUUCCUACAUAAUCACACACAAUUUUGUAACAUCACUUUGUAUGCAAGGACUAUCAAUGAUAUGAUAAGUUUAUUGUUUGUGGCAGGUCACCCUUUACAUUCAUAUUCCAUUUUCACAAACCUACUAUUGAAUCUUGUAACAUCCAGCCCUCGUUUUCCAACAUACAGUUUUUCCAACCAAUUUAAAGGGCUCCCCAUUGCAUUGCACUUCCUUUCAUAGAUAAUUCCUUCAAUUUUGUCAUAUUUGCAUCUGCGUGCAUAUCAAGUUCAAGCAGGUGAUGCUUACACCAUUACGUUUCCAUCUUGUUUAUUUAUGUCCAUCACCUAAAAUCCCCCAUUUUUCACUGCUCAUCCUCUCAUAAAGAGAGAAAGUAUUGUAUCAUUUAUUACACUUGCUUUAAUCACCAAUUUUGAAUCGAAAGUUUGAAGAAAUAAUGCAUUUUUGAUGUUUAAGGCUGGUAAGUAUAGUGAUGUUGAUAACAGUAAGGACAAUGGAUUAAUUAUAAAUCUUAUGGUGUGAGACGGAAAAAAAUAUUUCAAGUUUUAAAGAAUCUCUGUCUUCCAAACAUUGUUUAACUUGUAAUCAAAUCAUGCUUUCUACACAUCCUGAUUCUCAUCUUUAAAUUCAUUGAACCUCUUUGCUAUAGUAACCGUAUUGCCCACUAGGUGGCAUCAAAGCUGCAUAGUUUUAUCAGUGAUUGAACGAAUGAGCAGAACAGAAGUCUUUUUAAUAGUUGGGUCUCCUUGUUCCUCAAACUUUCAAGGCUUAAUGCAUUUUCCUUACGAGCUUCAAAUCGCAGGCAAGAAAUGAAAGUGCAGUGUUAAACCACUGCCGAGUCAUACAAACUCAUGCACAUUGACGAAUCAGAGCCAUUAACCGGUCUGGACAAAAUGACAAAUAAGGUCACCGACCGUCCAGGGUGUGCAGAAAGCAUCAGUUUUAUUUUAAAUUGAAGAAAAUUAUGAACAGAUAAGAGGUUAUUUACAGAAUAUAUGUAUAUGCGACAUCCAUAUACACAUGAAAUACUAAUGUUUUAAGAAAUGAAUAAAGGUUAUUAGAAUUAUAAUAAAAGAUGCAGGAAUAACCAUGCCGUGAUGUGGUUU